UGCACAUAUUAACUGAAAGAAGUAUUUACAGAACAUCUGACCUGAGAUGACACCUUACUACUUGCCAUUUUGCAGCAAGUCCAUUUUCUCAAUGUCGUAUUAUGCGCAUGCGCAAUCCCAAUCAGGUAGCCAGCCUGAAAAGCUCGCUGUAAAAUAAUUUAUAUAAUCCAUAAAUGCGCUGCAGGAUACCUACAAAGGUCAGCUGUUCCGAAAAGAUCUUUACCUUUCUUUAUGUAAUUGCUGCAUUCGAAGUGUCUUACUGAUAUUUUAACCAACUGCAAAGAAAGCCUAAAUCGACGGAAAGUUAACGAGAAAAGUAGCCAGGAAAGAUGUAUGCGUCAAGGCUGACUAGAGUUCCCCUGACUGCAUUUGUAACCACUCUGUCGAGACCCCCGGCGCUUGCCGCCCCAACCCGCCCAGGACUUUGGCAAAAAUGUCGAGGGUACGCCAGGAAGCCACAGAGUGUUGGUCUUGGAAAAGAAGGAGUGAAAAGGCCAACCCUUAAGGAAAGAGCAAUGGCCCCAGCAGGAGACUCGGCUUUUAAUAUUGGCAAGGGUUUGCUGGCGGGGUCUUCUGCACUGGGAAUCGGAGCACUAUGUUACUAUGGCUUGAAUGGCGAAGAUGGAGCACUAGACAGAGCAGGAUUUUGGCCCCAGUAUGUGAAAGACCGGAUACAUUCUACAUACAUGUACUUUGGAGGAAGUUUGGUACUGACUGCAGCAUCUGCAUCAGUAGUGUACAGAACCCCAGCACUGUUAAACCUAGUGACUAAAAAUGGAUGGAUGGCUCUUAUUGCAACCAUGGCUGCCAUGAUAGGCUCGGGUAUGGUGGCGCGCUCUAUUCCAUAUAAGCCAGGUUUUGGAACAAAGCAACUGGCCUGGAUGGCACACUGUGGUAUCUUGGGGGCUGUGGUGGCGCCACUUGCUUUCCUGGGUGGACCGAUUUUACUGCGAGCUGCCUGGUACACGGCUGGCAUUGUGGGAGGUUUGUCCACCAUAGCUCUGUGUGCACCCAGUGAGAAAUUCUUGUACAUGGGAGGCACCCUUGGAAUGGGACUGGGAGCUGUCAUUGUUGCCUCUUUAGGAGGCAUGUUUUUCCCCCCUACUACUACCUUGGGUGCAGGUCUUUACAGUAUCUCCAUGUAUGGUGGACUAGUGGUGUUUGGCUUAUUCAUGCUCUAUGAUACACAGAAAAUUAUUAAAAAUGCAGAGCACCAUCCCAUGGAUGCUUACGCUAUGGAGCCAUUUGAUCCUGUCAAUAAUGCCAUUGGUGUAUAUUUGGACACAAUCAACAUCUUCAUCAGGAUUGCCAUGCUGUUAGCAGGUGGUGGCGGAAAGAGAAAACGAUAAGACUACAACUAUACAUUGUGACACCAGGCGGACUAAAAAUAUACUAUCUCAUUUACCAUAGGAUUUAUUUGAGACAUUUAUUGAACUAUUCGACACCGCCUUCCUAUCUGGUGACUUUAUAAGUGAUGUCUUCGUAUUAUAUGAAUUAUUUUAGCCUGGGGUGACACAUAUCUCAUUGUAGAAAUGUACAUAUGAUUGCCAUUUGUCAUUUUGAUUUCUCACAAAGAAAUUUUUGUUUGUGGGGUUUAUACUCUGUGUCACAGUGUAGAAACGUUUUGCUUGAGGAUAUUGCUUUGUUGUAAAGGGCAGUUUGAAGAAACUCCAAUUAAAUUCUAAGUAUUCAUUAAUUUCAU